UUUAAAUGAAACAGACACAGAGUCUCAGAAGGCGAGAGUAAUUUCUAGGGCUUGGCCAGAGGGGGGAUCACGAAACUCUCCAUUCUGUACCGGGAGCCGACAAAGAUUAAGAGGAAUAUAGAAGUCGACUCUAUCCCAAAGGAUCACAUCGUUAAACUACCCACAUCCAGAAUCAAAGAAAAUCUAACCAGACAUGGAAGAUAUUGUUAUAGCUGGAAUUUCAGGUCGCCUUCCUGAGUCUAACAAUUUGGAAGAAUUUUGGCUGAACCUUUUCAAUGGAGUGGAUAUGGUCACAGAAGAUGACAGGCGGUGGAAACCAGGUCUGUAUGGCCUUCCCCGGAGAAAUGGAAAACUGAAAGAAAUCGAUAGAUUUGAUGCAGCCUUCUUUGGUGUGCAUCCCAAACAGGCACACACCAUGGACCCACAGCUGAGGCUUAUGCUAGAGAUAUCGUACGAGGCCAUCGUCGAUGGAGGCAUUAACCCAGUGUCCAUGCGUGGCAGCAAAACUGGCGUUUACAUUGGAGUAAGUGGCUCAGAGGCAGGAGAGGCCUUCAGUAAAGACCCAGAGGAGCUGCUGGGAUACAGCAUGACAGGAUGCCAGCGGGCCAUGUUUGCCAACCGCUUGUCUUAUUUCUUUGAUUUCAAUGGUCCCAGUACAGCCAUUGACACAGCGUGCUCCUCUAGUCUGCUGGCUCUGGAGAACGCCUUCAAUGCUAUUCGCCAUGGCCAGUGUGAUGCAGCACUUGUGGGCGGAGUCAACCUGCUGCUCAAGCCCAACACCUCAGUGCAGUUCAUGAAACUGGGCAUGCUCAGUCCUGAAGGAGCAUGCAAGUCAUUUGAUGCCUCAGGAAAUGGCUAUUGUCGCUCAGAGGCUGCUGUUGCAGUACUCUUGACAAAGAAGUCAAUGGCCAAGAGAAUCUACUCCACAGUUCUCAAUGCUGGCAAUAACACAGACGGCUACAAAGAGCAAGGGGUGACAUUCCCAUCAGGUGAGAUGCAGCAGCGCCUGGUCCGUUCCCUUUACCAGGAUGCCAACAUAACACCUGAGCAGGUGGAGUACAUCGAGGCCCACGGCACUGGUACUAAGGUUGGGGAUCCUCAGGAAGUGAAUGGCAUUGUGAGUGUAUUCUGUCAGUCACAGAGGGAUCCUCUUCUGAUUGGCUCAACCAAAUCUAACAUGGGACACCCAGAGCCUGCAUCUGGAUUGGCGGCUCUUGCCAAGGUGGUUUUGUCUCUGGAACAUGGCGUCUGGGCUCCCAACAUCCAUUUCCAUGAUCCAAACAUUCCUGCUCUGACGGACGGCCGGGUGCACGUGGUGUCGGAGCCCAUACCUGUCCGCGGGGGCAUCGUGGGCAUCAACUCAUUUGGUUUCGGAGGCUCAAAUGUCCAUGUUAUCCUGCGUCCACAUGGUUCAAAAUCACUGGCUCAGGCUGCACAACCUUCAGUCCCCAGACUUCUGCAGGCCUCCGGUCGCACUGAGGAGGCAGUCAUUUCCCUUCUCAACAAUGCUCAGCAGCAUAAAGAUAACCCAAGCUACCUGUCUCUUCUGAAUGAUGUGUCUGGAGUUCCAACGGCAGGCAUGCCGUACAGGGGCUAUGCACUGAUUGGAGCACAGGGAGAGCUUACAGAAGUUCAACAAGCCCAGCCCACACCCAGACCCCUCUGGUACAUUUGCUCAGGUAUGGGCACACAGUGGGCUGGAAUGGGCCGUAGCCUGAUGCAGCUGCCUGAGUUCCGGGAGUCGAUCCAGCGUUCGGACGUGGCUCUGAAGGACACUGGGUUGUGUGUGUCUCGCUUGCUCAUGGAUGCUGAUGAGAGCACUUUUGAAGACACUGUCCACGCAUUUGUUGGUCUUGCAGCCAUUCAGGUUGCCCAGAUUGACAUGUUGCAGAAGAUGGGUCUUCAGCCUGAUGGGAUCGUGGGCCACUCUGUAGGAGAGCUAGCGUGUGGUUACGCCGAUGGCUCCCUGAGCCACAGCGAGGCCAUUCUGGCUGCUUACUGGAGAGGACGCUGUAUUAAAGAGGCCAACCUGCCCCCGGGGGGCAUGGCUGCAGUGGGCCUAACGUGGGAAGAAUGCAAAGCUCAGUGUCCACAGGGUGUCGUUCCUGCUUGUCACAAUGCUGAGGAUACAGUGACCAUCUCAGGCCCUCAGGACUCUGUCAGCAAGUUUGUUGCCCAGUUGAAAGAGAGCGGUGUGUUUGCCAAAGAAGUGCGCAGUGCCGGUGUGGCUUUCCACUCCUAUUAUAUGGCCUCUAUUGCUCCAGCCCUUCUGUGUGCACUGCAGAAUGUAAUAAAAAGCCCAAGGCCUCGUUCAGCACGCUGGAUCAGCACGUCCAUCCCGCAGACAGACUGGGAGAGCCCACUAGCGCUCUACUCAUCAGCAGAGUACCACGUCAAUAACUUGGUCAGCCCUGUGCUCUUUCAGGAGGGACUGAGCUUUGUGCCGGAUAAUGCUGUGGUAGUAGAAAUUGCCCCACAUGCUUUACUGCAGGCCAUCCUGAAGCGGAGCCUAAAACCCACCUGCUCCAUCCUCCCCCUAGUGAAAAGAGGACACGCCAACAAUCUGGAGUUCUUCCUCUCUCAUGUGGGCAAAAUCUACAUGAAUGGAAUUAAUGUGGACAGUAAUAAAUUGUACCCAACUGUUGAAUACCCUGUUCCGACUGGGACCCCACUCAUCUCCCCUCACAUUCAGUGGGAUCAUUCCCAGGUCUGGGAUGUGCCCAAGGUGGAGGACUUCCCUGCUGGCUCAGGGGGAUCCACCUCAGCCACUGUGUACAAUAUCGACAUGAACCCAGAGUCUCCUGAUUACUACAUGAUUGGACAUUGCAUUGAUGGUCGGGUGCUGUACCCAGCCACAGGAUACCUGGUUCUGGCCUGGAGGACUCUGAUGAGAUCUCUGGGUGCAGUCAUGGAGCACACACCUGUUAUAUUUGAAGACGUCACCAUCCACAGAGCCACCAUCCUCUCCAAGACGGGGUCUGUCCAGCUGGAGGUGCGACUCAUGCCCGCCACUAACCGUUUUGAGGUGUCCGAGAAUGGAAAUCUGGCUGUCAGUGGUAAGGUGAGUGUCUUGGAGGAUGCUGGACUUGAUGCUUUCCAUGCUGAGUUGAAUAAACCAAUGGCUGUAGACAAGGAAGAUCCUAAACUGCUUUUGAAAGCCGGGGACAUCUACAAAGAGCUGCGUCUGCGCGGAUAUGACUACGGAAAGACCUUCCAGGGAAUCCUGGAGUCUAACAAUGCUGGUGACUAUGGAAAGCUUCACUGGACAGGUAACUGGGUGACAUUUUUAGACACCAUGCUGCAGAUGAUCGUAGUGGGGCUGUCUGGUCGCAGCUUGAGACUGCCUACUCGCAUCCGCUCUGUGUGUGUGGACCCCAGACUUCAUGAGGAGAGGGUAAACGAGUAUGCAGAUGACCAGAAAGCUGUGGAUGUUCAUGUUAACCGCUGCCUGGACAACAUAACAGCUGGAGGAGUUCAGAUCUGUGGGCUUCAUGCUACCGUAGCACCCCGUCGCCAACAGCAGCAGACUCUACCCACUUUAGAGGAGUUUGCCUUUGUUCCCUGUGUGGACUCAGAUUGCCUGAGAACCAGUGAGAAACUUGGAGACCAACUGAGGCAUUGCAAAGGUCUAGUACAGCGUCUGCAGAGGAAGCUGGCCAAUCAGGGAGUGAAGAUCUCCAUCCCUGGGCUAGAAGGUGCAACAGAGAGCCAGCUGAUUGGAGCAGAGGCAGAGAAAGGCCUGUUACGGUUGCUCUCUGUGCUGUGCGGACUGGAGCUGAACGGAAACCUGCGCUCUGAGCUGGAACAGACGGUGGAGAAGGAGAGAGAUUGUCUGCUGCAGGACCCUCUGUUCAACGGCCUGCUUGACUCCCAGGCGUUACGUCACUGCUUGGACACGGCCCUUGAGAACAGCACUCCUGGAAAACUCAAAGUUGUGGAGGCUCUAGCCGCCGACGGUCAUGUAUUUUCUCGGGCUGUUGGUCUCCUCAAUAUCCAGCCAAUGUUGCGUCUUGACUACACAGCGUCAGAUGUCUCCAUUGACCAGCUUUCUGCUCACCAGAGCUCCCUGGAAGAGCAGGGCAUCUCAACUGCUCAGUGGGACCCUCUUCAGGGCCCAGCAACGGGCGGUCUGGAUGGGGCUGACCUGGUUGUGUGUAACUGUGUGACAGGGCACACGGCCUACCCUGCACUUUUGAUAGAGAACCUGACUUCAGCUGCGAGGGAAGGCGGUUUUGUUUUGCUUCACACCCUACUGAGAGGAGACACACUGGGAGAGACGGUAGCCUUCCUCACAUCUCAAAACAACCAGGAGGGUUUGUUGACACAGACUGAAUGGGAGGAGCUCUUCCAAAAGGCCUCUUUAAAUGUGGUCAUGCUGAGAAAGUCCUUCUACGGCUCUGCUCUCUUCCUCUGCCAUCAGCGCCAACAGUCCCCUCAGGAUCAACCUAUACUUAUUUUUGUGGACCCUACUGACUAUAAAUGGGUGGAGACUCUAAAGAGCACUUUAGCGGAGUCAUCUGAUAUCCCAGUCUGGCUCAUUGCCACUAAGGGUCAUAAUGGAGUGGUGGGAAUGGUGAACUGCCUCAGACAGGAGCCCGGAGGCAACCGUAUACGGUGUGCAUUUGUUUCUAAUCUAAGUAAGGAUGCUGAAGUCCCCUCACUUGUUCCUACCAAAAAGGAAAUGAAGGCAUUACUAAAGAAGGAUCUGGUCAUGAACGUGUACCGUGAUGGACAGUGGGGUGUUUUUAGACACCAGUUGUUAACACAAGAUCUUAGCGAGGAGUUGACAGAGCAGGCCUACAUCAAUGUCCUGACUCGCGGUGAUCUUUCAUCGCUAAGAUGGAUCGCUUCCCCGCUUCGUCAUUUUAUCCCAUCCAAUCCCAACGUGCAGCUCUGCCGUGUUUACUACUCCUCCCUCAACUUCAGAGACAUCAUGCUGGCCACUGGCAAACUGCCUCCAGAUGCCAUCCCUGGAGACAUAGCGCUGCAGCAAUGCAUGCUGGGAAUGGAGUUUUCAGGGCGAGACCCCAGUGGACGACGUGUAAUGGGUUUGCUGCCAGCAAAAGGUCUAGCCACCUGUGUGGACGCAGACAAGCACUUCCUUUGGGAUGUUCCAUCUAGCUGGACGCUGGAGCAGGCAGCCUCUGUUCCAGUGGUGUACGCCACUGCAUAUUAUUCGCUAGUGGUGCGAGGGCGUCUGAGGCCUGGAGAAAGCGUGCUGAUCCAUUCAGGCUCUGGAGGGGUGGGACAGGCCGCUAUUGCUAUUGCACUUAGUAUGCGCUGCCGAGUCUUCACAACUGUCGGUUCUGGAGAGAAGAAGGCGUACCUGCAGGAAAGAUUCCCACAGCUUACAGCGGAAUCUUUCGCUAAUUCUAGAGACGCCUCAUUUGAACCGCAUGUAAUGCUCCAGACUCAAGGCAAAGGAGUUGAUUUGGUACUAAACUCCCUAGCUGAAGAGAAGCUGCAGGCCAGCUUGCGUUGUUUGGCCAGACAUGGGCGUUUCCUGGAGAUCGGCAAAUAUGACCUUUCUAACAACACACCACUAGGUAUGGCUCUGUUCCUAAAGAACGUGGCCUUCCACGGCAUACUGCUGGAUGCUUUGUUUGAGGAGGGGAACAGGGAAUGGGAGGAGGUAUCUGAGCUUCUGAAGAAGGGAAUCGCUAGUGGUGUCGUUCAGCCAUUACGUACCACUGUCUUUGAGAGGAACCAGGUGGAGGAUGCCUUCCGCUACAUGGCUCAGGGCAAACACAUCGGCAAAGUCCUGCUGCAGGUACGUUCAGAGGAGACGAGCAGCACUGUUCCUGCAGCCUCUGCUCUUUCUAUUCCCGCUAUCUGCCGUACCUUCUUCCCUGCCUCUCUCUCAUACAUCAUCACGGGAGGUCUGGGUGGUUUCGGCUUGGAGUUGGCCCAAUGGCUCACUGAGAGAGGUGCUCGUAAACUGGUGCUGACAUCACGUUCUGGCAUCCGCAAUGGUUAUCAAGCCAAGCGUGUUCGGGAGUGGCAGGCCAUGGGCAUCCAGAUCCUCGUGUCCACUAGUGAUGUCAGCUCAAUGGCAGGGACGGAGCGUCUCAUCAGUGAGGCCUGCCGCUUGGGUCAAGUUGGUGGCAUCUUCCACCUUGCCAUGGUCCUCAAAGACGGCAUGCUGGAAUGA